AUGAUACCAUAUAAACCAGUAUAUGGUGUACCAAGUAAAUGUACCGGAAUGUAUGAUUCUCAAAUGACCGCAGAAGAAUACCGAAUCUGUCAAAUAAAAGUCAUUGACAAAUGGAAAAUAGAGACGAAACAUUAUUACACCGAAAGCUUGGAAUUUUGUUGUUUUGUAUACGAUGUUUUGGAAUGCGAAACUAAAGUUUUGUCUAAAUGUGACGCAGAUUAUUCAGAUCGAAAUGAGAAAGAGACAAGACGAUUGUUUGAUAAAUCAUGUCAACCAAUCAUUGCAAACAAUUUGUGUAGUACCAAGAGUGAUAAUGAAGGUCAAAAUCAAAUAUGGAUAUAUAUCUUAAUUGGAGUCGGAAUAUUCCUAACAAUUGUAUCCAUAAUUACGUGUCAAUAUAAGCAUAACCAGCAAAAGAAUUUAGAAAAAGUUGCAAUGAAUGCUUACAAAACGGAAAAAUUCCAAAAAACCUAUGAAAUGGAAUCGGCUCGUCUUGUUUAUGACAAAGAAGUAAAAAAUCUUGAUAAACAACGGCUUCAUAACUUAUCUAGACAAACGAUUAGCAGUGACGGAUCAAAAACGUUUUCAAGCAAAGAAAAAGGGUCAACAUUGAAAAAAUGGAAAAAUAAUAUUAACAAUUUUUUCGUAAAUCCUGAUAAAAAAUUGAAGAAAGAAAUCAAGGCAAAAAUCGAUGCAGAGUCGAAAAAUGAUCCGACUUUCUGGGAUGAUUUCAAUGAAAAUUCAGAAAAAUAUUAUAAACAACCAACCGGUGUAGUAACGAAAACUAAAAAUUUUGUGAAAAAGUUAUGGCCAAACAAAGAAGCGAAGAAUGAAAAACUAAAAAAAGAAGAAUUUAUUCGUUCUGAAGCUCGUCGACAGUAUGAAAAUAUCCGAAAAAAUCGAUUGGAAUCAGACAAAAUGCCAGCAGGGAAUGAAAGUAUGAUUGAAGAAAAAAACACCGAUCCACUUUUGGCAGAAGUGAUCAAAAUUUUAAAUCAAGAACAGGACGAUGUUUAUCAUGAAAUGAAAGAUAUUCCUGAACCAGGAAAUAUGGAUGAUGCGAAAAAAUACAUGAAACAAUUAAAAGAUACUAGGAAAAGAGUGCGAAAUGAACGUAACAAUCUUGAUAAAAUGUUGAGAAAGGAAGUAUCUGGAAUUGAAGAUCAAACGAACGGUGGUCAAGCAGGCAAAAUUGGAAAAGCUAAAAAUGAAUUGCUAGAUAAAAAAUUGAAACAAGAAACGAAAACUAUUCAACAUCAAGAUUUGAAUAAACAACUGAACAAAGAUGAACAAAUGAAUAAAAAAAUUUCGACAAAAGAUUCGUUCGGAGAUAAAAAGCCAGAAAUUUUAACAAAAAAUUCAUUAAAAGAUAAAAAAUCGAUAAUGAAUUUUAAUAUAAAAAUGAUUCAAAAAUUUGAACAAGAAGCAAUAGAUCAAGAAUUGGAAUUUGAAGAUUAUAUUAGAGAUAUGGAAAAAAUAGCACUUGUAAACGAUAUAACGAUUACAAGAAUGGAAAAUAAAUUAGAUAUGACAAAAUUAUCAUCACCACAAUCAUCCAUGAAUAUGGAUCCAUUAUCACAACAACGUAUACAAAAAUCAAUGAAUCGAACAAUUUUAUCAACAGCAAUAACCGCACAACAAUUGCCAGGAGAUCAAUUUUCCAAUUAUUUACAUCGAUUUCAAUAA